AUGGCAUUAACAUCCACAAGACUCACUCCUCGGGAUCCGAACAAGUUUCCGGCGACACAGCUGUUUCUGCUUGCACUUGUACGACUUGCCGAACCAAUCGCUAUCACAUCCAUCUUCCCAUAUGCCUGGAAGUUCGUACUGCACUUCAACGUCGGCGACAAGAGCAAUGCCUCCUUCUAUGCUGGGUUGCUUAUCUCGGCCUUCAGUCUUACGGAAUCGCUGACCGGUGUCUUCUGGGGAACAUUGUCGGAUAAGCUAGGGCGAAAGCCAGUCCUGCUGCUAGGAUGCAUCGGUACUCUGAGCUCUCUCCUCGUAGUAGGCUUCUCGAUGAAUAUCUGGAUGGCACUCGCUGGCCGUUUCCUCGGUGGAGCGCUUAACGGGAAUAUAGGUGUGAUACAGACUAUGGUUGGAGAACUUGUCAUCAACCCUGAUCACGAGCCCAAAGCAUAUGCUAUCAUGCCCUUCGUGUGGUCAGUUGGCACCAUGAUUGGACCUUGCAUAGGAGGCUUCUUUGCCAGUCCUGCCGACAACUUCCCAGACACGUUUUCGAAGGACGGGCUGUUCGGCAGAUUCCCAUACCUCCUCCCGAACUUGAUCUGCGCUGCCUUCAUGGGAGUCUCAGUCUUGACAGGCUACUUGUUUCUGGAAGAAACGCACCCAGACAUGCAACCCUGGAGCACCCCUCAAGAUCUCGAAGAUACGAAUGCAAAGACGCCACUCAUGCCAGCUCAGGCCAGCUCGAACACCCCAGCCGUCAAUUUGGAGGACGCGAGCUAUGGCACCUUCAAUGCCGUGGACGAAGAGGCUAUUGUGGAGGAAUGGGACAUUAAGCCAGACGGCACGAGCAGACCAGCCAGCAUCAGCAGCGGUUCUGGUCCCAAGGUCUUCAACAAGCGUAUCAUUAUGCUCAACAUUGCAUUGGGUAUCUUCACCUAUCACAGCAUGACUUACGACUCCCUCCAGCCGAUUUUCUUCCAGGACGACCGCGUGCCAUCGUCAGCCAAUAUUGAGAACUUGGUGGCCGCCGCGACUGCUUCAGACUCUGGGUCACUGGCUGGUGGACUAGGUCUCAGUAUCCAGCAGGUCGGCGUCAUCAUGUUCUUCAACGGCCUCAUUGCCUUGGUCGUACAAGGCGUCAUCUUCCCGCCCAUGGCGGACUGGCUAGGCAUCUGGAAGCUCUUCAUCGUCACUGCUAUCGGCCAUCCACUUGCCUACUUCGUUGUCCCAUUUCUGGCACGGGUACCAGUCAAGAUGGUGUUUCCAGCAAUAUACGCUUGCCUCACUGUUCGCAACCUCUUCUCGAUCAUGGCAUACCCCGUGCUCCUCAUCCUGAUCAAAGAGGCCGCAGUGCCUGGCAGUCUCGGGAAGAUCAAUGGACUCGCAGCAUCUGUGGGUGCAGCCAGUCGUAUGCUUGCAUCACCAGUUGCUGGCUACCUAUACGGCAUCGGCAUGAAGAUGGACUUCACCGCGAUAGCUUGGUGGGCAUCCGCCUUGGUCGCCGUCGUUGGCACGAUCCAGGCCUUCUUCGUCAACAGAGUCAAGGAUGGACCACAGCACCGCAUUCGUGGCGUAGCUCCCUGCCGCUUUGUGCCGGACGAGGGGAGAGAACACCGCCCGUCUGUGGUGCAUAUCAAAAUUCAUGACACGGACAGUGGAUACAACAGUGCGGAUGAGAGGACACCAUUUGCAUCGCGGGUAGUGUAA